CAAAGCUUGCAAAGACCAAACUGCCGCCAUCCGUUUUGUCUGCUUACUAACCCCAAAACCCUCCCAACUAACCCCUCCCAGAAUUUUCCAUCACUUUCCCGAGAAAACCAGAAGGGGAGAUCGAUAAAAAAUGGCCGCCAGGCUCGCCCUCCAUUUCAGAUCCCAUCUCCUACGCAACCUCCACAAUCAGAAACCUCCAACUCUCGCCACGCUUAAAUCUCCACCAUUGAUCUCUCAGCUCGCACCCGUUCCUAUCACCACCGUCGACCAUUUCUUCACAUCCCCCACCCUUCGCUUCCUCUCCACGUCCCGUCGCAUCCCCACCCGGCCCAAAAAAGUCGACAUCGGAGCCCGAGCCCGCCAGCUCCAGACCCGCCGCCUCUGGACCUACGCCUUGACCUUCAGUUGCAUCGCGGGCUUUGUAGUUUUAGUCCUCAACAAUUUUCAAGAACAAUUAGUCUUUUACGUUACCCCAACCGACGCCCUCGAAAAGUACACGCAAAAUCCUUCGAAAACUAAGUUUAGACUCGGCGGUCUGGUUCUGGAAGGAAGCGUCGUUCAACCGGGCUCUAGCAAAGAAAUGGAAUUUGUCAUUACCGAUUUGAUAACCGAUAUUUUGGUUAGGUACGAAGGUUCGUUACCGGAUUUGUUUAGAGAGGGACAUUCCGUUGUGGUUGAAGGAUUUGUUAAGCCGUUUACAGAAGAGACUAAAAGGGAAGUUUCGUCGAAGAGCGUUUCCGGUAAAGCAAGGAGCGGAGACUGUUAUUUUUCAGCGACUGAGGUUCUUGCUAAACAUGAUGAGAAGUAUAUGCCUGCAGAGGUUGCAGCUGCUAUUGAGAAGAACAAGAAGAAGAUUGAGGAAGGGCUGGAAGGAACUAAGGAAUCGGUAGUUUGAUGGGUAAUUUCUGAUUUUUUUAAUGGCGGUAUUAAUUUAUUUGGACGAUUAUUAUUGGGAUUUGGGAAUGAUUUAAUUUUCUUUGGGGUUUUAUUGUAGUAAACUUAUAGGUUAAGAUUGAAUAGAUGAGAAUCAUUUUUUGAUAGAAAUAUAACAGGAAAUUGAGGAAGAGGAUGAAAUCUAAUCAUUUGAGGAUUUUUUUUUUCUUUUAAUUCUGUUGUUGUAAUGCCACCAUUGCGGAAUUUUACUGGUUUUUUCAUUCUUACCUUGAAUAAUACAUCCUCACAAUUUACAUUAUUUGUUAUUCAA